UAAAUUAAGUUGGCUGGCUCACCAUUUUGCCCAAAUAAAUAAUGACGACGACGAAGAACAAGUACGAAGGUUUGCCCGUGCAUGGAUAUUGAGAUUCAUUGGAGGUGUCUUGUUCGUUGAUAAAAGCAGUAACAAAGUUUCGCUAAGAUACCUUCAAUUUUUACGUGACUUUGAAGAAUGUGGCAGAUAUGCAUGGGGAGUUGCCAUACUUGGUUUUCUAUCCAGAGAGAUGUGCAAUGCCACCGAUUAUAAAACUAAAUCAAUUGGAGGUAUGUGCAUCUUACUACAAAUGUGGGCAUGGGAACGAUGUCCAACCUUGGCUCCAAAGAGGACUCCUUCCCAAGUAGAAAAUACACCACUGGGGCAUAGGUGGCUGCGACGUGGAAACCAACAUAUCGGCAAUGAUGAUGUGAGAGUUUUUCGUCGCAAGUUAGAUAUUAUGAAACGUCAUGAGUUUGUGUGGGAGCCGUACCCAUCAACCGUAAUAUCACUGUUGCCUCCCGUUUGUUUAGUCGGAAGUUUCGCGUGGUACGCGGUGAGUCUCCUUCACAACCCUUAA